AUGAUCAUUUGGAUUCACAACAACGAACAGCGGAAACAGUCUGCACCUGUCCGAAAGAAAGCGAGCUACAAGUUGAAGACUGCAAGUCCUGUCCGUUGUGACAUCAACACCUACAAAGACUUCAUCGGGUACGAUGCCUGUAUCAACUGCCCUUCAUACUCCAUAACGCUUUCCAACCAAUCUUCGUCCUUUGAUCAGUGUCUUGCUAUUGCUGGCUAUAACCGGGACGGAAAGAACUGUCCUACCGCGAAAUAUCUACCUUGGUCCAGAUAUGCGAGCUUCGGAGCCGACCAGUGCAAGAACGUAUCGAAAACCUGCCCUGCUGAUUCAUACAUGAUCGAACAGGCGAAUAUGUCUUCCAACAUUCCAUUUACCAAGCUCAGCAAUAACGAAAAUAUCUACUGGAAAUUUACCGACACAGGCGGCGAUCAGACCGCCUACAGUGUCAAUGGGGCGGUUCUGCGCGGUGACGCAGUCGGAAAGUACGUGGCUUUAGGUCAGUGUAUCGGCGGUGGUGGAGCCGGUGGCACGAUCCGUGUUCAUGACUUCUGGCUGCCUGUUGGUCAGUAUACCGUGAAGGUUGGCAGGGGACGAGUGAAAGGAAACAGUACAGAUAGUUCUUUGACCAGCGCCAAUCUUAGCUACGUAGCCAUUGGUGGCGGAAUGGGUGGAUGGUACGGGGUGAAUGGAAACACGGUGGCUCCGGUGGCGGUGGCGGUGGAAGUUCAAGUGGUGGCGGAAGCGUUUCCGGUCAAGGCUAUCCCGGUGUCACUAGCCCUUUUGGUGGAAGCGGAGGUGGUGGCGGCGCCGGUGGCAUAG